AUGAAUGUCGAUUUGUUAAAUCCGGAUCCAGUUGAAGAAUCAAAAAAACAUAAGUUAAAAAGAUUAAUACCAAGUCCUAAUUCUUAUUUUAUGGACGUAAAAUGCCCAGGAUGUCUUCAAAUUACAACAUUAUUUAGUCAUGCGCAAAAUGUAGUUUUAUGUGGAAGCUGUAAUAUUAUGUUAUGCCAACCAACUGGUGGAAAAUGUAAAUUAACUGAAGGUUGCUCCUUUAGAAAAAAAAUUGAAUAA